AUAUUUUUAUCUGUUCAAAUGCAAAGCCAUUUGACCGUGUUUUAAAUAUUUCUGUUUAGUAGGUUGGGAUUAAUUGCGUUUGUGUACUGUGCCGUGUAGAAAGUUGGGGAAAAUUUCACCCACUUUUCUCCCAAGAGAUCUAUCCCUGGAACAGCAAUUUGCUCCUAGUUGAAACUUUCCAAGAAAUCAUGACUUCUCUGUCUGAAUUUUCCACUUUCAAUGAAUCACAGACUCGAGGGCAGCCAUCGUGCGAUCGAGUGGACGAAGCUUCUACCCAAAGAUGUUUUGAGGACUGUAAUCGGGUUAAACCAUUAGCGACCGAGGAUCAACGGCUUAAAGUGUAUUUGAGAGUGAGACCGUUUUUAAAAGAGGAAUUGGCAAAUAACGAAUCCCAGGACUGUGUGAUAAUAAAAGAUUCAGAAACUGUUGUGUUGGCAGCACCUAAGCAUUCUAACACACUGAAAAAUAGUGAAAGAGGAAUUGGACAAGCUGUACACAAGUUUACAUUUUCUCAGAUAUUUGGACAGGAUACCAGUCAGACAGAAUUCUUCAAUGGGACGGUAGAAGAUCUCGUUAAACAAUAUCUCCAAGGGCAAAAUGGUUUGGUGUUUACUUAUGGAGUUACCAAUGCUGGGAAGACCUACACUAUUCAAGGUACUAGUAAAGAUGGUGGUAUCUUACCAAGAUCAUUGGACAUGCUCUUUGAUCACAUAAAAGGCAGACAAUAUCAAAGCAUGGAUUUAAAGCCAUAUGUCAGUGAUGAAGUGUUAAAACUGGAUAGUAAUCAAACCCAGCAAGAAGAAGCUAUGAAGUUCGCAAUUUUUUCUUCACCGAGACAGGAGAUGGAAUGCCAGCCUUUCAGGACAACAUCCAACAAGAGUGUCCAGAAAGAUUUGGCACAGGCAAGCUCCAUCACUCAGGCAGACUGCGUUCCUUUUAAUCAGCUAGAAAAGCAUUCUGAAGUCAUUACAGCAGCAUCUGACAUGAGCCUCACUGAUCAAAAACAGCGAAGAUAUUCAGUAUGGGUUUCCUUUUGUGAGAUCUACAAUGAAUAUGUGUAUGAUCUAUUGGAUCCAAUACCAACUUUAAGAAGCCAGAAACGUCAAAAUUUGCGCAUCUGUGAAGAUCAAAAAGGAAAUAGUUAUGUUAAAGAUCUAAAAUGGAUCAACAUUACUAGCUCGGAUGAAGCUUUUAAAGCCUUAAAGAUAGGAAAUAAAAAUCGAAGCUCGGCUUCCACCAAAAUGAACCACCGGUCCAGCCGAAGUCACAGCAUAUUCUCUAUUCGACUGAUGGAAGUAAUUGUUGGGGAUAAGUCUCGUGUCAUCAGGACAUCUGACCUGUACUUGUGUGAUUUGGCUGGGUCGGAGCGCAGCGGCAAAGCACAAACUUUUGGAGAUCGACUGAAGGAGGCAGGCAACAUCAAUAAUUCUCUUCUUAUCCUUGGCAAGUGCAUUUCUGCACUAAGGCAGAAGCAGCAGAAUAAACUAAAACAAAUUAUUGUCCCAUUCCGAGAGAGCAAGUUAACCCGUCUUUUUCAAGCUUUCUUUUGUGGCAAAGGCAAAGCUUGUAUGAUUAUUAAUAUUAACCAGUGUGCUUCCAUGUAUGAUGAAACUCUGCAUGUGAUGAAAUUUUCAGCAGUUGCUAAGCAGAUAAUUCAGAUUAUUCACCCAAAAAUAAAACUGCAACUUGCUGAUCAAGUGGGUGGGAACGAUGGCAGUAUGAUGGUGUGCACUGAUCUUGGGGAGUCUCUCUCUGCUGAAAAUUGCUAUUCCGAAGAUCUAAUUAAAAAUGAGGAGGAGCAGGAAAAUGGAGAUCUGGACCUCACCACCUUUGCUCAUAAAGAAUUAUUGAGCACGAUAGAAAGCCUAAGACACAAAUUGAUUGCUGAAAGACAAAAUAAACUGGUUUUGGAAAUGAGGGUCCGUAAAGAAAUGGGAGAGGCCAUGUUUCAGCAGCUACUCCGGACUGAAGAAAUUUGGAGCGAGCGAUUUGAAGAACUAAAGGAGAUUUAUGAAGAUCAAUUGGACAGUAACCUCCACAUGUAUAAGGAAUCAAUUAGGCGGCAUGCAUAUAAAUGUGCUAUGGAAGAAGUUAAAGAUAAAUUUGUUUUAAAAGAAGAGUUCACUGCUGAGCAGCACAAGGCAAAGGCUGCAGACUUGAAAGUGAAAGAGCUUGAAGUUGCAUUGAGUAAAUGCCAGAAUCAGCCUGCUGCUGCUGAAAGUACAACUGGCCUUCUGGAGGAGUUGGCAUGGUUCAGGGAGGAAGCUUCGAAAAUGCACUUUCAGCUGCAGUAUCUUCAAUUAGAAGCUCUUGCAAAUGGCAAGGAGUUGAGGAGAUACCAAGAAUUAUACAAGAGUAAAGUCUUAUCUGAAGAACAAUCUGCAAAACUACUUGAAGAAAAGGAUCAGGUGAACAAGACUUUAACCAGGGAAUUGAAGGACAUUUGUUCAGUCCUGCAAGAGGAAGAGAGAAAAUUUCAAGAAAGUAAUGAAGAGUUGCAGAAAUGUAAUGACACAAUUGCAAAGCAGGAAAAAAUGUUUAAGGAUGUUAACGAAGAACAUGUUGACAAAAUCCAUCAUCUGCAAAAUGUGGUGUCAAAACUCCAGGAAGAACUUGCUCUCUCAACGAAGCUGUCUAAAACUGAAAAACCGCCACACAUGAAGAAAAAGCUGUUCUUAAAUUUAACUGGAUCCAAACUGGCUGUUGGCUGUCCUUCAAAAGCCAGUUUGUUUAAAUCCAGGGAACUGACUCCUCGACUGACAGUUAAAAAGAACGCAGUGUCUGGAAAACGGCCAUCACUACCAAGUAAUGCUAAUAAAUAAUUCAAUAUUAAUUUGUAUUUGGUUUAAUUAUACAUGUCCUUUUAAUACCUAGUCCUAUUUGAAAUGUAAGCAAAUAAAAUUUGAACUUUUAUUAAAUGAC